AUUGACGUAGCAUGGGCAACGUACACAAUGGUCGGUAAUAUGAUUUCAAUGGAGUUUCCUAGCUCAUAAAAAGUAUCUCUGGUGUUAUACACCACUGUUGGAUGAGAGCGUUUUGUGAUUCUCGCAGUGCAGCGUGGGAUAGCGGAGGCGCAACCGACCGAGAGAAAUGGAUGUGUUUCUGAUGAUCAGGCGUCACAAGACGACCAUCUUCACUGAUGCCAAAGAGUCCACUACGGUCUACGAACUGAAGCGCAUAGUGGAGGGUAUCCUAAAGAGGGCCCCGGAGGAACAGAGGCUGUACAAGGAUGACAUGUUGCUGGAGGAUAGUAAGACUCUUGGAGACUGUGGCUUCACAAAUCAGACAGCCAGACCUCAGGCCCCAGGGACUGUUGGAUUAGCUUUCCGUCUCGGUGAUGAUGCAUUUGAGCAGCUGAGGGUUGAGCCCUUCUCUAGCCCCCCAGAGCUUCCUGACGUCAUGAAGCCUCAGGACUCUGGCAGCACAGCCAAUGAGCAGGCUGUGCAGUGAAGGAAGGAAGGAAGCGGGGGGGGGGGUGCUUUGGAUUAGGUAGGCUGGCUUUACGGACUGCUUUAGGGUAACAUGCGAGUGUACCUGUGAGAUCUUUAACUUUGCAGGAAGAACAUGAAUUCCCACUCACACAGGAGUAUUUUCAUGUUAUUCCUGAACUAGGCUCACGCAUGUUUAGAUUCACUCAUAAGAUCCCUCAACAAACAUUUCUAAUUUGUCAGGCCACUGUCAGUAAGGGGGUUGGGAAAAAUUGAAAAAUGAUUCAUACCUCAUUUAAUUCAUACUAGUCUUUUGGGGUGGGUGUAGCCUGUCUUUUGACUAUGUGGAUUUGCGAAUGGAGUGGCUAUUACAUUUUUAGAAUGCCCUCUUGCUGAUUGCAUUGUUUUUCAUUCUUCAAUAUUAAUAUUACAAUUUAGCGUUUUUUAAAUUACUCCUUGGGGUGUUAGUAUGUGGUGCAACAAAGGGUUUGUGUUAUUAGCUUAUCUAGAUAACAUACGCAUGAAUGGAUCUGAAAUAAACACACAAACAUGUUGAUGCCAUGACAUAAAAUGUAUAGCAGAACACAUGUACUUGCAGACACGGACACACACACACAGAGAAUGGUGUGAAGAUUUACAAUCAUCAGUUUUAUUUCAGUGUGACGGUAUUAAGCUUUCCCCACUCUGGUUUUUGUUUGCUUGUUUCUUUACUUUUGAACCUUUGCACUGGAGUUCCUGGGUAAUUUUGUUUCUUCUCGAGUCUCUAUACAAAACUGUACCAAUUUGACCCCUAUCCCCCAAAUUACACCGGGGGGGGGGGGUCUGAAGUGUAAAUGGAAACCUUCAGUGGAAAUAGACAGGAAUCACUAAUCUUUUCUGAUAAACAAGCAAGAAGGUACAAAUCACUGGUGUUGAAUUGAAAUAGGUGUAAACUGUCUCUUAGAUUCAACAACCUGACUUUGGGGUGGUUGUCAUGACGCUUUUUUUAAGAUAUGAUGGCAAUGGUUCACCAACAAGCUCUUUUAAAAACAGGACUAUGAAACAAGCAACACAUGUAAUUGUCUUGAGUUGACAUUAAAAAAAAAAAAUCUUUGUCA